CCUCAAGUGUCAUUUUCACCUUUGUUUACAAAUUCAUUUGUAAAUCAUAAAUCCAAUUUUCGUAAACUUUUUCAUUAUGACUUUCAACUCGAAAUAUUUUGACAUUUGCGACAAAUGUAAAGAUGAUCCACUCUCAAUUUGGAUAAAAGCUUAUAAUUCAAAAAGGAUUGACAAUCCCGAUUACCCUCUACCAGUCGAGUUUCCUCUCUUCGUAAAGGACAUGAAGAAAGGCAUCAAGCUCGUGGAAAAAUAUGGGUACCCCUUAUGUGGGUGCUACCUAGGCAAGCCAGAUAAAUGGCCCAACAUAUUAUAUCGACAAAAAGGCCAUUUUCACGACAUGGUCGCCAAGGCUUUCGAAAUCAUUGAGGAAAAACCUUUUAUGCGACAUGAUCGAGGAUCAAUUCGCUCCACUAAAUCGGAGCCAAGUACUCGAUCCCCUAAAGAAUCAACAAUUAAUCACAAUCACAACAACAACAAAGCAGUUUCUGACCAAAGCUUUCUUAUACAUUACAGUGAAUCAACCAGACCAAAAACCAGAACCUCAAUUCCUCACCUACAAAUUGAGCACUUUACUAUCUAAAUUCCCCAUGUACCCCAUGUACCCCAUGUAUCCCAUGUACCCCAUGUACCCCAUGUAUCCCAUGUACCCCAUGUAUCCCAUG